CCUAAUAUUUUCUUUGCUAGCACUGUUUCAGAAAGUUUGAAAUUUUUUUUGUUAGAGAAUGAAGAGAAACAACAGUUUUUCUCAACUCUUUUUUAUGUCUUUGUUGGUGCUUAUCUUUGUCACAUUUUCUGUGGAUGCAAGGAACACUAACAUAAAGAAAAAACUACACAAACAUCACAAAAAAUCACAUCCUCUUCCUCAUUAUGAUCCUCAUCCAAUUCAACCAAACACUUUUGAUAUUAUGUCUUUUGGUGCAAAGGGCAAUGGAGUUUCUGAUGAUUCAGAGGCAUUUCUAGCUGCAUGGAAAUGUGCAUGCAAAGUUUCUGGUGCAACAAUCAAAGUUCCAGAAAAACUCAAAUUCCUCAUUAAGCCUAUUACUUUACAAGGCCCUUGUAUGCCUGAUCUUACUCUUCAGAUAGAUGGAACAAUAUUGGCUCCUCCUGAAGUAUCUUCAUGGCCAAAGUCCAAUUUAUUUCAAUGGAUAAAUUUUAAAUGGGUGCAGAAUUUCACUAUCAAAGGCUAUGGCACUAUUGAUGGUCAAGGUUCUAAUUGGUGGAGCUCUUCAAAACUUUAUGAUAUACAGAAAACUCACUCUAAACAAAUUCCAAGCAUGAAGCCAACUGCUAUAAGAUUUUAUUCUAGCAACUUUGUAAAGAUUAGAGAUAUCAAAAUCAAAAACAGUCCUCUAUGCCAUCUAAAAUUUGACAACUCAAAGGGAAUCAAAGUUGACAAUAUUACAAUAUCUUCCCCGGAAAAUAGUCCAAACACUGAUGGCAUUCACUUGCAAAAUACACAGGAUGUAGAAAUUCAACACUCUAAUAUUGGAACUGGAGAUGACUGUGUGUCCAUACAAACCGGUUGCUCUAAUAUUCAUGUCCACCACAUUAAAUGUGGCCCUGGUCAUGGCAUAAGUCUAGGAGGAUUAGGAAAAGACAAGAGUGUGGCAUGCGUCUCUGACAUCAUUGUUGAAGAUAUUUCAAUGAAAAAUACUCUAUAUGGAGCAAGGAUCAAAACAUGGCAGGGAGGCAAUGGUAUGGUAAAAAAUGUAUCAUUUUCAAGAAUCAAAGUCUAUGAUGUUAUGUAUCCAGUAAUGAUAGACCAAUACUAUUGUGACAAACAAAUCUGCAAGAACCAAACAGGAACAGUGAUAAUUUCUGGUGUCAAAUUUGAUCAAAUAAGUGGCAGUUAUACUCUGCAGCCGGUCCACCUAGCAUGCAGCAAUUCCAUCCCAUGCACAGACGUUGAUUUAACUGACAUUCAGUUAAGACCUUCCCUUAGUUAUAGGGGAAUGCAACAAGCUAUGUGUUGGAACUCUUAUGGAAAAUCACAAGGUCAAUUAGUACCUUCAAGUAUUGAUUAUUGUUUGAGAAGUGGUGGUGGAUUAAUUAAGAGGAUAGCAAAGUCACAUGAUAGUGUAUGUUAUAAAAUGUUAUAGAUGUUAUCUUUAGUUAGUUUUGUAGCUUCCCUUCUCCAAAUGCUUUUUAACUUUGUGAAGGUGGUUAUGGUGUAAAUUUU